UUAAUAGCAGCGCAAAUAAGUUUCCAUCAACGGCGAGGAACAACGUUCAGGCCGAGGUGACGCGUUUAUGUAUCAAUUCAUAUGGAUUGUUCAGCGAUCUCGUCGUUACUUUCAACUUCAUCGAUCUAUGACACGUGCGUUGUUCAUAUUGUAGAUUGUCACGAUGAUAUUGCGCUUUGUAACGAAGUUCAUCAAUAAUUGUGGAAAGUUCACUGCUGGAACAAACAAGGUUUUGAAGAUAGCGAUGAUUAUCGGAAGGAACAUAUAUUUCAUGAAGCUUCUUAUACGAAAAUUUUCAAGAAACACAAAGGAGAUAUGGGACGAUCUUUUGCGUAAUAGCCACAGAACAUCGCUCAAAAAAUUUAUCGAAAAUCAUCACGAUGUGGUGAAUGCGAUCUUAAAAAACACUGAGAUGACUCGCGAUCAUUUGACUCCGGAAUUGAAGUUAUUUCUUCUAACAGAGAACUGUCCUUUAUAUCAUGAGCCAUUCGUUGAUAAAUACACAAAUGGAAGAUUUGAUUUCUUCACUAGAAAUAUAUUCCAAGACCCAUUUUGGUCUAUAUACUGGCCUGGAGGCCAAGUGCUGACGAGAUUCAUUCUGGAUGAAAAAAAAGAAAUUUCAGAGCGCAUGAUGCAAGAUGCGAAAAAAGAUGCAAGAAUGUUGGAUCUAGGUGCAGGAUGUGGCGCUACGGCAAUAGCUGCAAAAUUAAUGAAUGGGACGUGCAAGAUUAUUGCAAAUGAUAUCAGCAAAGUUGCCUGCAUAGCUAUUGCGAUGAAUGCGAUAUUAAAUGACGUAGACAUCGAAGUGUCGUGGAAAAAUUUGUUAAAAGAACCUCCACAAGAUCCAUACGAUGUGAUUUUCGUCGGUGAUUUAUUGUAUGACGAAGAGAUAGCGAAUACUUUAAUGGCAUGGUUGGGACACGCAUAUGAACAAGGUACGCGAAUAUAUAUAGGAGAUCCAGGAAGACAUGGAUUAAGUGAAGACCUUAGAAAACAAUUGAGACUAUUGCGACGAUAUUCUUUGCCUGAAAACGUCAGGAAAGAAAAUCACAGUUAUGACACGGCUACUGUAUGGGAAUUUAAUCGAAGUUGAGCGAUUGACGCAUAUGGAAUAAAGAACGUUUUAAAGUACAAAGUUAUGAGUUAUUUCAAUAUAUUAAACAUCAUCUUUUAAAUAAAAUAAUAUUUAACAUAGUAAUAAUGUAAACACAUUGUACUAAAGUUAUAAAUUAAAACGUGUCAUCAUAAAA